AUGACAUGUGGCAAAAUGAAUGAGAGUGUGACAAGUGGCAAAAAAAACCUUCAUUUAUUAGAGGAGAAAAGUUUUAUGCUUGUUAUUGAAGAUAAGGAAGACGAGGGACUGCGGCUCGUUUCUCUUGAGGUUGGAAAACACGCGGACCCAACUCGGGUCGAACCUCACCGGGUUUUAACUGUACUUGAACCGCUUCAUGACCCGGAGUUUAAAUACAGAGACAUACAGAGGAUUCGUCAUUUGUUCAUUCUCUCUACACACACUUUUCUCAGACGUCAUAUUCUUUUGUUUAUGUUAGGCGAUAUCAGCAAGCAUACACAGAUUCACAUAGAGGACAGCCAUAGCGCAAACAUAAUCUGCUGGCCUUCCAUUUUGGUUUGA